UGUCAUCACGUUUGUCAAAAGAUACCGCCGAAAGCAUGGAAUAAAAAACACUUUAUCCAUUAAUUAUUAAGCUGACAGUCAUUUUAUUCUACUCCUUAUUUGCAUUAUACACCAUUCACAAUGUUUGCUAAAAGUUACAAGUUAAAAUCCAACAACACGUUGAAGAAUUCUGAAAAAAAAAACCUCAUCCAACGCGUUGUAGAAUCAUUCCCUGGCGUUACUGAAGAUACUGUUAAGGAAAUAGUGCCAGUAAAAUCGAACAGUAGUUGUAUGAAGGUGGUGCUGCAUUCAGGUGUCAUAGUCAACGUUUACGUGGUGGAUGGAGCUCCGAUGAUCAUAGAAGAUGAAAAAGGCAUGCUACCAACUGUCUGUGCCCUCUGGAAGGUGCCACAAUUAGUACCAACCCUGAUAAUUCACACUCCAGUAUUAUCAAAGGUAGCGGGCGGGGCGCCGUUGUACCUGCCGGGUGUUGAACGUUGGUCGGCUGGGGGCCCGGGGCGAUGGACGCGCGGCGCGGCGGUGGCGGCGUGCACGCGCGACAAUUGCGCCGCUGCCCUCGUCGGCCGCGCCACGCUCGAUCACAACGAAAUGAGACUCAUGGCUGCUGGUGUAUGUCUAGAUAUAAUUCACGUGUUCGGCGACCAACUGUGCAAGGACAUCAAAUUCAACAAAAUAGAGAGGCCUAAAUUAGGAACCGCCUCUUAUCCUGAGGAAGACAUCGCCGAACUCGCGACCGAGCUGAGUGAGAUGACCGUUCAUCCAUUGAAAGAAGAGUGGCCUAGCCUCAUUCCCACUCCUGCCCCCUCUCUUACGGCUACCCCUGUCCCCCAUCAACCCCGCCUCAUCACAGAACACCCGCCGCAGGAACCUGAUGAGGACAAUCAACAAUUACACGACAAAACUAACAUAGAUGAUGGUGAUGCUGAAGAUGGGAACAAAGUGCAGGAUAUUCCAUUAGACAUGGAUGGAUUGCUGCACUGGUGCUUGCUGAGUUUCCUUAAACUGAAUGGGAAACGAAUAGAACUACCGUUGAAAACCAACCUUUUGUACAAAAAUCACCUUAUGCCGCUUUGCCCGGCUGAUAGGACCCUUGACAUAAAAAAAUCCAGUUACAAGAAAUUAGGCAAGUUUCUGGAGGCUAUGCAGCAGGAAGGCCUGGUGGAGGUGCGCGAGAUAGAGAAGGGUGUAUCCGCGCUGGUAGCGCUUCAUCUCGCUCACCCACAGGUGCGCGCGCACUCGCCGCCUGCGCCCGUUCCCGCUCCGGCGUCCGUCCCGCCCCCGCCCGGCGGUUACGUACCGCCGCGGAUCAUGGAGGUGUACUGCCUUACCGCGGCUGCUGUCGAUAUCUUCCCUGAACACAAGAAGGGCACCGUGUUGGACGCGGAGAUGAUACGCUCUGGCGUGUCGCAAUACGUGCGAGCCAAAUCGCUGCAGACACAACAACGUAUAAAACUAGAUAACACGCUAGCCAAGAUACUGCACAAAAACGCAGAGGAGGUGGUCCCGUGGGACGAGGUGAUGCGCGGCGUGCAAGCCGUCCUCACCGCCGCCACCCUCCUGGAGGAUGACGGCGGCACCAAGCUCAUCCGCUCCAGGCUGCCACCGGUCACCAUGACCGUGGCCACGCGAGCCGGGAACAAGAAGGUGACCCUGGUCUCUAACCUAGAAGCGUUCGGGUUCAGACUUGGGCAGUUGACGCAUGAGGUCCAGCAGCAGGCCGCCGCCGCCGCCUCCGUCACGCGCUCGCCCGGUUCCAAGCACGACCAGCUCAUGUUGCAAGGAGACCAGACUCAUUUUAUAGCGAAACUCCUGAUAGAAAAGUAUGGCCUACCCAAGAAAUAUUUGGAAGGAGCUGACAAAGCACUAAAGAAGAAAAAAUGAUUAAUAAUACAAUGAGACAUUCUAAAAUUUUAUGAAAAUGAGUGAUCUAUAGUGGUGAUUACUAAAUAAAACAAACUUUUGCAGU